AUGGCAUGGCUGUUCGAGCUCGUCGGAGCGAGGGAGGACGGCGGAGGAGAGGAAGGAGGAGGCCGGCCGGAGGGGACGGAGAGGAGGCCGGGGCUCGGGCUCGGGGACGGAGGGCGGCGCGAGGUGCGGCGGCGGCCGGCGGGCGAGGCGGCGGAGGACGGCAGGUGGAGGCGAGGCGCACGGCGGCGGAGCGGCGGGGUGGCGCGCGCGGCGUACGGGCCGGGAGGGCCUGCGGCGGGCCUGGCGGGCCGGCGGGGUGGAGGCGGCUGGGGCGCUGACGUGGCGGCCUCCGGUUUGCCGGGCGCGGCGGCGGACACGUCCGGCAGCGGAGAGGGCGAAUCUUAG